AAAGCAGCAACACGAUCAAUCUCUCCCCACAAAAAUACAUAUAAUGGCGUCAAUUGAACAGGAUGAUCUCUUCAACAUCCAAGACGAUGAAGAUAUGGAGGAAGAAGAAGAAGAACAGCAGCCUGAAGAACAAGAAGACUACAACAUGGAUGACAAUGUGCAACAGGGAAAUGACGACGACGACGAGGACAUGAAUGACGAAGAUGGCGAAGGCGACGAGGACGAAGAAGAUGAUGAUGAAGAUGAUAACAAGGACAAUGAAAAGAAAACUAUCCAAGAAGCACAAGACAAAUCUGUCACCCACAAACCAAGUUUCAAUACCAAAACUUACACCAAUGACAACAUAUUCAUGUCAUCAAGUAUCGACGGAACCAUCAAUCUCUGGGAUGUCCGUACUCCCGAACCCGUACUCCGUCUUGGGGUCUCAGAAAACACCCCACCGUGGUGUAUGACGCUGACAUGGUCCAAUGACGGUGAAUACAUCUACGUUGGUCGACGGAAUAGCACUGUGGAAGAGUUUUCCAUCCGUAUGCCAUAUAAACGGGCUACCCAUGGUGCGGGAACCUAUCAUCAUUCACACACGCACAUCCCUAAUGUUUCCAAAUUGUUACAAUUCCCCACUAUAAGUGGUCCGGUCAGUGCCAUUUCCACCAUGCCUAAUAGUAAUUUCUUGCUUUGUGGCUCCAAUGAUAAUAUCAGAUUAUAUAAUUUGUCCUUGUAUGAUUCAUUGGCCAACACCAGCAUUAAUGUCAAGAAACAAGCUACUCCAUUCUUGAUUAUUCCUGGACAUAACGGUGGUACUUUGAGUCAAUUGUAUGUGGAUCAAACUGGAAGGUUCAUGGUAAGUGCCAGUGGUAACAGAGGCUGGGGUCAUGGAACCUACACUGAUGCAGUAUUAGUCUACGAAAUUGACUUUGAAGGGAUAUAAUUAUGUAACAUUAAAAUUAAAAACUAAAAUUAAAUUAAAAAUAGAAAAAGACUAGAUCUGUCUAUUACGUCGUAAAUCCAUAAAUUGUAUUCUUUAAAUUACCCAACCCAACUUGCCCAAUAGAUAUCCCUGAAUUUACCAUCUCUGACUCCUUAAUAAAACAAAACAUUUCAUUAAAAGCAUUACCUAUGUCUCCAAAUAUUUCAUCGCCAAUGGUACUCAACUCACUGGUGAUGGUGUUAAUCGGUUCAUAGUUUAGUAUAACCAAUGGAGACAAUUUUCCUAUUGGAAUAGCAUUACGGCCUCCAUUAAAUAAUUUCGAUAGUAAAUUUUGGUAUUGAGGAUUAUUUUUUAAUAAGAAAUGUACCAAAAUGCCAAUGAACCCAAUGGUUAUGCUUAUCUUAUAUAUAUUCCUGGAAACCCACGAAUCCUUCCUCCUCCUGAUGACUUUCUUGUCGUCUUCAUUUGCAUCUUCACGACUAAACAAUUUCUUGAAUAGCAUCGAUGAUGUGAUCCGGUGUAUUGAUAAGGAGGUAUGUAAUGUAUUGGUGUCCGAUGCAAACAUGUCCGAUUGUCCUGCAGAUGUGUCCGUCAUUAUAGAGUUGUUGAGCUCUUCUUGUUGUAAAAGGAUCUUGUGCUGGAAUGCCAAAUCAUCGGAAGUUUGUCGAGAAAUCUCCGAAUCUUGUAAAUCAACGAGCUUGGUCAACUCUAUAGGAUCGUCGCCAAUUGUGUUGAUUAUUAAAUUUCGAUACUUUGUAAAUUUCUCUCUUUUGGGAAUGUAUAAAUUGGAUGUGUUUAAAAGCACCGAUGAUUUAUUAUAUUCACUAAACCAAUUGGCAAAUGUAUCUGCACAAUUGGUUAGUUUAUCCAUGGGGAAAUCUUGAACUAUAUUUCUGGUCUUGUUUAAAAUCUUGAUUAAAUCGACAUCGCUUAAGCUAUCAAACAAAUUGGUGGGAGAAAUUGCAUUAUGAACCAAAUCAGAAUCAAUGUCUUCAUAAUCCAAAUCUUCUCUAUCUUGUUCUUCAACAUUACACUUUUCAAAUAUCCGGUUUUUGAAAAUUAAUAAUGCUGAAGUGUACAAGUACAUAUUAAUUAGCACCGAAUUAUAACUUAGACUAAAAUCCCAAACAGUUAGAAUUUGAGUGAGAUUGGAUAAAUCAUGGGAAAACAUAGUCAAUAUUGAUGAUAUACCUUGGUAAAACUUAUAAUCGUAGUAUAGCCCAUCCGAUUGGACAUAGCAAUUUGAAGUUUGUUUGAUUAGUUCAAAUAAUUCAAUAUCAAGGUUUUCGAGAAGGGUGGGUAUCAACCUUAAAUGGUCUAUGGAUAAUGCUAUAUCAUGAACCAUAUAAUCUCGCAAGUGAAAUAGGGUUAUUUUUUCCAAUAUUUUAAAUGCUAGUUCCUCAUUAAUGUCGUAUUCAUUAUCAUUCUCUGUCUUUUCUUUGUCUUCUGUAUCAUUUCCAGGGAUGUAACACACUAAUAGAAUCAC